CUUUGCACUACCAAAACCACCGUGGACCAAUCGGUGACAUCUCGGCAUUGCUCUCUGUACUGUCAACGCUCUCCAGCCUCGUUUCUCUCUCUUCGAUCACCUCUUCUCUCUGUCUCUCUCUCUCUCUACAAAUCCUCCGAAACCUUCAAAACCCUCAAAUCAAUAGCUCAUCGUCAAUCGAAGCAGUGAGAUAUAUAUAUAUAUAUAUAGAGAGAGAGGAAUUCGAAUGGCGAUUCUGUACGCGGUGGUGGCGAGAGGCACGACGGUGCUGGCGGAGUUCAGCGCCGUCACGGGAAACACCGGCGCGGUGGCUCGGCGGAUUCUGGAGAAGCUUCCGUCGGAGGCCGAUUCCAGACUCUGUUUCUCUCAGGAUCGCUACAUCUUCCACAUCCUCAGAUCCAACGCUCUCACCUUCCUUUGUAUGGCCAACGACACCUUCGGAAGGAGAAUCCCUUUUACAUACUUGGAGGAUAUUCACAUGAGGUUCAUGAAAAACUAUGGCAGAGUGGCUCCCUACGCCCCUGCUUAUGCAAUGAAUGAUGAAUUUUCAAGAGUCUUGCAUCAGCAAAUGGAAUUUUUCUCCAGUAAUCCUAGUGCAGAUACUCUUAAUCGCGUAAGGGGUGAAGUUAAUGAGGUACGAACUAUCAUGGUGGAUAACAUUGAGAAAAUACUGGAAAGGGGUGACCGGAUUGAGCUUCUCGUUGACAAAACUUCAACAAUGCAAGAUGGUGCUUUUCAUUUUAGGAAACAGUCUAAGCGCCUUCGACAAGCUAUUUGGAUGAAAAAUGCCAAGCUCUUGGUUUUGUUGACAUGCUUGAUCGUUGUGCUUCUUUACAUAAUAAUUGCCGCUUGUUGUGGGGGAAUCACUCUACCAUCGUGCAGAUCAUGAUUUCCAGCUGUGUUACCAGCAUGUUCUGAGACAUGCACAGAUGACUAAAAAUGAUCGACAUCACAUUAUACUGGGAAGGAGCUGUCUUGCGGUUGAGACUUCCAAGGUGUGUUUGGAAAUCUAUUUUAUUUUCAGAGAUCUCAGAAAUAAUUCCAUUGAUUCUCUUGUUGUUGCGCUUGAUGUGAGUUUAUUGUGGAUAUAGAUAUUGUUGCAGAUCAUCUCUGUAUUUGUAGAUACCAGGAUGUUUUCCUUGUACUAUAUUGAUUAUUAUCAAAGCUCAGAUUCCGCUUUCUAUAAUUUUACAACAUUGUCGUAUUUUUCAUGACAUAAAAGCCCAGUGAGGAUAACAAAUUGCGUUUCAA